UCGAGCUCAUUCUGAAAUUUCGAUCAAGCUCGAUUCACUUUUAUUUUUAUACAAUUAGAUCAUGUGCGACCAUCUAAGCUAGAAUUUUGCCAGCAAACACAGCCCAAACUCUUUUCCCGAGCUAGGAUGGUCUUCAAUGGGGGGAAAAGAAUUGGAAGAAACGAUUGUGAAAUUUAGGUUGGCGCUCCAUAGCCCACUUCCCACCACAAAAUUCGAAGUCCCUCCAAAGAUGCAUUCCACAAGACCAAGGCAGAUGGAGUAUACUCCUGUCUGACCCAAAAAAUUUCGACAUUGUCUUGACUCUUGAUAACAGUAAUAAGUAGACCAUCUUCCUGCCUGAAAAAUUCCGCCCCAAGUGUUUGGAAGCUCUCAGACAGCAAUGGCGGUGGACUCGGGUUCUGUCCCGAAACAGAGCGUAUCACGAAAGAAGGAGAGACUUAAGAGCCCAGAGAAGAAGGUGAGCAAGUCCCAAGAAAGUGUUGUUCCUCCUUCGCCGGCGAAGCGGAACAAAUCCCCCGGAAUCCGGGUUGUGGGUAGCCGGAUUUAUGAUUCCGUCAAUGGGAAAACUUGUCAUCAGUGUCGCCAAAAAACAAGGGCUUUUGCUGCAGCAUGCACGAAUCAGAGGAAUAACAAGCCAUGUCCCAAUAUGUAUUGUCAUAAGUGCCUCCGGAACAGGUAUGGAGAGCAGGCAGAAGAAGUAGCUGCUUUAGGGGAGUGGAGUUGUCCCAAGUGCCGAGGCAUUUGCAACUGCAGUAUGUGCAUGAAGAAAAGAGGUCAUCAACCCAUUGGUAUGCUUAUAAACAUGGCAAAGGCAACCGGAUUUUCAUCUGUUUCAGAGUUACUGCUUAAGGGAGCUGAACAUUUAAAUCAUAAAAGUGUUGAUGCAGACGUGGUUGCUUCUCCAAAAAAGGAAGUUGUACCUUCACCCAGAAAGCGGGGGAAGGAAAAUUCUUUUGAUGGAAAAGUGGAUGCAAAUUUGCCAAAUCCUGUCGACAAAAAGCCCAAGAAAGUUAAGGAGGUGCACGGUGACUGUAUAAAUGUUAUGAAGAUUGUUACUCAAAGCCCUGAUAAAAGAAAACUGAAGCAGGAAGGUCUUGAGGAUAAACAUGAUGGUAACAAGAAGCCUGGACCCAAAGGUACUGGCUCUCAUGGCUCUAAGAAGAAAUCAAAGAAAAUGAAGCGGGAUAGACCUGAAGAGAUGACCAAUAGCAAAAUUGAAGAAGAAACCUUGAUGGAGAUUAGCGUACAUGAUGAUCAGAAGAGACCAAAAAAAUUAAAGAAGGAUGAGUUAGAGAAUAAUGAUAUCAAGAAGAAUGAUGCCACUUUAGCAAGGAGGACGAUCCCCAGAAAGCUGAAAGUUUCUAAUAAAGUGCCUAACCAACGGGCAACACUCAAUGUUGGGGUUAAUCCAGAAGAGAAUAUGAAAAAUAGGAUAAAAAAGGACUCAAUGGAACCCUUAGAAAACGAUGAGAGGAAAGAAGACAAUGGUAAUAAUACUGCAAAUGAUAAGAUUGUCCUGGAGCAGCAAGAUGCAGAUUUUCAUGCUGAAGUUCCAUUGCCUGUUGGAACAGAGUUGAACAGUGUGGCUGGAAUUGAUGUACACACAGAAGACGUGGGCAAUGCCUUACAGUUCUUAGAAUUCUGUGCUGUUUUUGGAAAGAUCCUUGAGGUGAAAAAGGGGCAACCAGAAUGUAUUCUUCGAGACUUAUUGCAUGGGCGAAACGGACGCCGUGGAAAACUUUCUGUGACUGUCCAGUUUCAUAUCUACCUUCUGUCAAUUUUACAGACAGAACAAGGAGAAGAAUGUGCAACACUAAGUCCAUCAAAUGGAAAAAACUCAUGGUUCCAUACACUUAAGAAAUGCUUGACUGAAUCCCGAAGCGCCCUUAAAGCACAGGGACUGGAUUCUUUAGAGAAGGCAGCUGAUUACGAGACUUUGGAAGCUUCAGAAAAGCUUAGGCUCUUAAACCUUUUAUGUGAUGAAGUUCUUGGAACUGAAAAGGUGAGGAAUUGGAUGGACGACCAAAACACAAAACUUGCUGAAAUGGUCAAGGAAGCUAAACAAAAAGUUCUUUCUGCAAAAGACAAGGAGAAGAGUUUGAAGAAGAAAAUGAAAGACGAUAUUGCCAAAGCAAUUAUGGCUAGGCACGGUGCUCCACUCACAAUUUCCGAGCAUGAAGCCAUUGUCGCUUGUAUUAAACGCGAGACAGCACAAGCUCAUGCAAGGAUGCUUGAGUCAAAGGGCAUGCUUUUGAAGAAUAAUCGGAAUUCAGAUGCUAUCAGAGUAGAGCCUAUAUUCAUGCGGUGUGACGGCCAUGCAUAUUGGAAAUUAAGCUCUUCUGGCAAGUCUGAAGUACUGCAUCAGGAUGCUGGAAAGGGGGAUGCUCUUACCUUAGACGAGAAAUGGUUCGCUGUUGAUGACCGAGGAAAAGAAGCAAUUGAGAAGCAUGUUAGUUCUUUAAGAAUUACAAAUAUACCCUUUUAGAAGAUGUCGAUGUAAAUGACUUGGUGGAGGAGGGUGGGGUGGUGAGGUCUUGUGCUUACAAAUUAUACUCUGAACAAGUGUACUUGUAAUUUUGCAAAGUGUAAACAAUGUCUGUGUAACUAGACCUGAUAUCAGGGGUUAGUAAAGUAAUUCACUUUAAACUGCAUAUAUGUUACUCCUCACUUGCAGAGGAAAGAGUUCCGAGCGUUGUUGAUAACUCAAUCCUGAAUUAAGACCGAGGUCCGAUCAUGCGGAAAAAUCAAAGGCAGCUGGUGGUUAUGAUUGGCUGGCUGACACAGAAUGAACUGUAGUUCAGAUCAUUACAAGGUCCAUUUUGUAACCUCAAUGACCUGUUUUGUUUAGUUUUGUCGCAUUUUGGAACCUCAACGACCUGUUCUGUUUAGUUGUCGCAUUUUGUAACUUCAAAUUUCAUUCAGAUUUUAGAUGCUACUUAGUGAGGUUGAACAUUAUUUACAUAUCUCUACUUCAAACGGAGAUAAGUGGGUGUAUUUUAGAGAUAGUGUGAAUGUUUGGAUUUAUUUUGAAACGGCCCUGAUGUUUAGUAUAAUGACAAAUACCCUCUUCACUUUA